AUGAACGGUUCACUAGUCCAACCACGGCAGAUUUUAAAAGCCGAUGCUGAUAGUUUCCUGAAACAUAACGUCCUUGACCUCUUUUCACUCAAAGGCAGAACAAUUGUCAUAACCGGUGGUAGUAGGGGUAUUGGCCUAGCAUUAGCCUUCGCUGUUGCAGAAGUUGGUGGCAACGUAGCCAUCCUGGAUAUUCUAUCCGAACCUCAUCCCCACUACCUGGAGCUGGAAAAGUUUGAUGUGAAGGUAAAACUUUAUAAGAGCGAUGUUACGAACUUCGGUAUCUUGAAAGCCACUUUCGACGAGAUUGUACAAGACUUUGGAAGGAUCGAUGGACUAGUCACCGCUGCUGGUAUCUGCCCAGAUGAGCCAUUUGUAGAUCGCAAACCAGAAUCUGUUGCACGUUGCAUGAAUAUCAAUGUUCUGGGCACCUACUAUGCUGCACAAUUAGCUACUGCACAAAUGCAGCGGCAGGAGCCAUUGAAAGAUGUGACAAGGCGAGGAUCAAUCGUCUUUAUUGCUUCGAUUGCUGCCUAUGUGGCCAGCAAAGGUCAAACCACAAGUGACUACUGCGCGAGCAAAGGCGCUGUGUUAUCCUUAGCAAAGGCGCUUGGAGUCGAACUGGCAAUGAGUGGCAUUCGGGUUAACAGUAUUUCUCCCGGGUCAGUUGCAAUCCUUUUCAAACAUCACUUCUCAUUGCUCAUAAAAUCCAUGUCUAGGUAUAUGAUGACUGAUAUGACUCUUGAUCUUGCCCAAAAAUAUCCACAUUUGGGAGCAAUCAUGACGAACGAGCCACCAAUGCGACGUAUGGGCGAUCGAACUGAUUUGAAGGGUUUGAUCGUUUACCUUCUCUCUGAUGCGAGCUCAUACACAACUUCAGAGGACCAUUUGGUGACGGGUGGUAUCCACGCAGGGCGUCUUCUUUGA